AGCCGUCGGAUAUGAUAGACAUGUAGCUACACUAUAGGAUGAGCAGUUGUUGGUAGGUAGGCUUUCGGUUUUCAACCUGCGUGUUGGCGCCAACACGGCAGCGCUAAAAAGCUACUCACUCGACCGAGGACCCAGGACGUACGAGUUCUCCCGACUUCCUGUUCCAGCUCAAGAGCUGGAAACCCCAGUAGAGAGUACGUACGUACAAGCGAUCGACUGUGACCGUGUGGGUGUGUGGGGUGUGGUCAUGGCGGGAUCGGGACGCGAGGGGGCUCCAGCAGCGAGCUCCGCGGGCGCCAGCCUGAUGACCGACUACCUCGACCGCCCGAACGCCAUCCACCGCCGCGCCGCGUCGCUCGCCAUCGUGCGCUCCGGCGGCGCGCGGGCGGCCGGGGACGACGACGACGGCCCGCGCGUCGUCGACGGGCACGGGCGGGAGGACCGGAGGGCGCAGUCGUCUCGCCGACGGCCCUCGCUGUCGCUAUGGCGCUCCAAUAGGGCGACGGCCGUUGAUUCGAGAACACCCGUUCCGGGCGCCGGGGCGCGGGGGGGUGGCAAGGAUAAAGGCGGAGGGUCGUCGACGUGGAGGAGCUGGAGGCCCGUGCGCGCGCUGUCGCACCUCGGGAAGCGCCGCGCGGGGUGCCUGUUCUCGGUCCAGGUCGACGCCGCCCGCGGCGUGCCGGCGUCCAUGGAAGGGUUCCGCCUCGCCGUCACCGUGCGCAAGGCGGAGACCAGCAGGGACGCCGGCGCCGUGCAGACCAUGCCGUGCCGGGUGCGCGACGGCGCCGCGGAGUUCGACGAGACGCUCUUCGUCAGGUGCAGCCUCUACUUUACCGGCGGUGCCGGCACGGGGAAGCCGCUCAGGCUCCAGCCCCGGAGGUUCGUCGUGUCCGUCGUCGCCGUCGAGGGACGGGGCGCGCUUCUGGGCGCGCACACCGUUGACGUCAGCUCGCUGGUGAUCGAGUCUCUCGACAAGAUCAGCUCCGAGGGACGCCGCGUCAGGUGGUUCCACAAGACGUUCGCGCUCUCCUCCGGCAAGGCGGCGGCCGCCGCCGCCGGCGGAGAGCUGCAGCUCAAGCUCGGGUUUCAGCUCAUGGGAGACGCAGGGCUCAGCCUCUACACGCAAGCCGGGGAGAGGGACGAGAAGUACUCUCCGGCCUCCUCCUCUCGUGCCAGGGCUCACAACAGGAACUCGUUCAGCGUUUCGACCACGCCCAAGCUUCUUUCGUCAUCUGACGCUUCCAUCUCACCUUCCAUGAGAGCCUACAAGCAGCUUGUCGAUAGGCUUCGCGUCGACGAGAAUGGAGAUCCUGAUCAUCAUCAUCCUGCGGUAAGGUCUCUGAUACCUCGGAAGCCCGGCGACGACGAGCUUUCGGCGUCCACCAGCGACGCCGGCGACGUGUUCAGCCUCCCCGAGUACGAGGUCGUGGAGAAGGGCGUUGAAACGGUCAAAGAAGUCGUCCAUUACCAGGCGCAACGCGACGUGCUGCGGGAGCUCGACUCCAUUGCCGACCAGAUCGAGGCCAUCGAGGCGUUGAUGACCAACGGCGGGAAGAAGUCGCCCAAGGCGGCGGAUCAGCAGCGCCUGGACGCGGAUGAAGAGAUGGUGACGGUGGAGUUUCUUAGGAAGCUCGAGGUGGACGGUGUCGGUGACAAGAAGAAGCUCAAGCUGCCCGUGACGCCAAGAAGCGGGUCGCCGUCGCCAAGGAAGGCGGCGACGACGACUCCGCCCGUCGUGCCGGACUUGGGGCGGGGCAUCGGCCCUGCCGUGCAAACGCGUGAUGGCGGGUUCCUGGUGUCCAUGAACCCGUUCGACUUGCCAUUGGCGAGCCGAGAUGGCCCCCCGAAGCUCGCCAUGCAGGUGUCCAGGCCCUUCGUACUGCCGGGCGCCAUGGCGGCGACGACAGGGUUCGACGUGCUCCAAAAGAUGGCGGCGGCCGGUGGCGCCGACGAGGUGCGGGAUAGGGUGGCGUCGCUCGGUGGCAUGGACAAUAUCACGGGGAAGACGCCCGAGCAGGUGGGCUUCGAGGGCAUCGCGGCGGCGGUCAUCGGCGGGCGGCGCACCGAGGGCGCGAGCUCGAGCGCCGCCCGGUCCGUGCGGCUGGUGCGGAAGCUCGCCACGGCCUUGUCCGAGGGCCGGAGCGAGCGCGUCUCCACGGGCAUCUGGACCGCGGGCGACGACCCGGAGACGUUGGAGGAAGUUCUCGCCUUCUCCCUGCAGAAGCUGGAGACCAUGGCCGUGGACGCGCUGGCGGUCCAGGCCGAGAUGGCCGACGAGGACGCGCCGUUCGAAGUGUCAGCGUCGGCGGGGGACACGACGAGCGUGUUCGACUCGCUGGUGCCGUCGGACGAGUGGUCCGAGUCUGCUGCAGGCGGUGGCUCCGACGGGCGCGUCACGCUGGUAGCGGCCAUCCAGGUGCGCGACCCGUGGCGGCGGUACGAGGCGGUGGGCGCGCCGAUGGUCGCCGUCGUGCAGUCGGCGAGGCUGCUGGGCGCGGCGGGCUACAGCGGCGGGAGGUUCAAGGUGAGGAGCCUGCACGUCGGCGGCGUGCAGAUGAGGUGCCCGCCGUCCGGAAGAGGCGGCGGGAGCGCGAGCUGGGGCGCGGAGAGGCAGAAGCUGACGGCGAUGCAGUGGAUGCUCGCGCACGGGCCGGCGGCCCGCGCCGGCAAGAGGGCGACGACGCCGACGACGCCGACGGCGGCGCAGGGGAGGGCGAGAGUAGUGCAGCGGCCCGACGUCGUGUGGAGCCUGUCGUCGCGGGUGCUCGCCGGGAUGUGGUUGAAGACGGUGCGGAACCCGGACGUGAGGAUUGGCAAAGGCGGCGGCACGUGACGUCAUCUGCGGUGACUACGUGCAGCAUGAGUGCAUGAGCGCAUCGGGCUUAGAUUUGCAUCAUGAUGAUGUAAUCUCAUAGAUUCUGGUUGUAUAUGUAUGUAGUGUAGUGGUGUGGAUUUGCAGUUUGUAUGGUAGUUACAAAUUUACAUUUGUUCCUUCA